CCUCCCCCUCCCGCCGCAGCGGCGGCAGCAGCUGGUCUCGGUGUAAACAAGUCGCGGCGGCUGCGAACCCGGGCCGGGGGGGACGGCGCCCACCAGGAGCGCCCCCCACUCCCAGGCCAGGCCACCCCGGCGGACCGGGCCCCCGCGCGCCCAGGCGAGGGGAGGGACCCUCUUCCCACGUGAACUCCGUGUACCUCGAGUGGAGCCGCGUCACCCCCACCCCACCCCCGCCCUUGGCAGUUCAGGCACUGGGCUCCCUCUGCUCCCCGUGGGCUGCUCCCCGCGUGGGGCCACUGCCCCCGGCCCCCGCCAUGGUGCGGAUUUCAAAGCCCAAGACGUUUCAGGCCUACUUGGAUGAUUGUCACCGGAGGUAUAGCUGUGCCCACUGCCGCGCUCACCUGGCCAACCACGACGACCUCAUCUCCAAGUCUUUCCAGGGCAGUCAGGGGCGUGCCUACCUCUUCAACUCUGUGGUGAACGUGGGCUGCGGGCCAGCCGAGGAGCGGGUGCUGCUGACGGGCCUCCAUGCUGUCGCUGACAUCCACUGCGAGAACUGCAAGACGACUUUGGGCUGGAAAUAUGAACAGGCCUUCGAGAGCAGCCAGAAGUACAAAGAGGGGAAGUACAUCAUCGAACUCAACCACAUGAUCAAAGACAACGGCUGGGACUGACCCCUGCUCCCGCCGCAUGCGGCUCGAGCCCGGCCUGGCCGCCCGGGGGCGCCUCUGGCUUCCCUCCGCGAGAAGGGAGCUCUGGACCCUCAGGGCCCCUGCAGAGGAAGGAUCCAGCUCCUGUACAUAUAUUUUAUUGCAUGCACUGUGACCUUGGGGGGCGAUCAGAAGGCGGAAGACACCCCCGCACCUCCCUGCGAUCUGGCUGGCUUGGAUCUCGUUUUUAACCCCUUCGUGCCCCGCCUGCCCUAUAGAUAUGGCCUGUGUGCUGCUCCCCCGGCCCCAGUGCACCGUCUGCCCUGUGAACUCCUCCCACCGGGCCCCUCUUACCCCGCGCCCGUCUGCUGCCCUCGUUCUGUAGCGUUUGUACAUAAUAAAACAAUGGAGUGGAGACA